CGGCCGCGGGCUCCGCCCAUCGCGCCGGGGGAGGCGCUCUCGGACGGCCCGCGGAGCUGAAGCUGACCUACGAGUCCUCCUUGCCGACACUAUGCUCCAGUUCCUGCUUGGAUUUACUCUUGGCAACGUGGUGGGAAUGUAUCUGGCUCAGAACUAUGACAUACCAAACCUGGCUAAAAAACUUGAAGAAAUUAAAAAGGAUGUGGACGCCAAGAAGAAACCCCCUAGUUCAUGAGGCCGACUCCAGCACUGCCUCCUGGAUAAACUGAUUCUACUGUACUUGAGGGCCUCCUUUACCAUCUGAACCCAAAGCUUUUGUUUUCAUCUCCAGCCUCAGCAGUUUUCUUCUUUGCUACACCCUGCAUUGCCUUACAGCAAAAUUGGGGCCACAAGUUAAGAACAGCCCUUACUUUUCCAACAUCCUCACUUCUUCCCUUCCUCCUUCCAGCCACUUGCGAGGUCCUGAGAAUGGAAUUAUGGUGCUAGAUUAGUAAACAUGACC